AUGCGGAUUCGUUCAGUCUGUAAUCAUUACCGUGUGGCAGCGUUGGAUGAAUGAAACGUCAGAGACCAAGACGUCAGCAUAGACUUUUCUGAAAAUAAAUUUUUACCACACAAACAGAGAAAUGGCCGGUCAAAGCGAACAGAAAGAACCGGUGAAGGUACUUAAAGUGAACAAGUGGGAUGGUGCCGCUGUCAAGAACGCUCUCGAUGAUGCUGUCAAAGAAGUUUUGGUUGAUAAAUUCAACUAUACUGAAAAUUUUGCUCUAGUCGAUGGACGAUUAGCUAUUUGCACGCUUGCUGUCGGAAUUGCUGGCUUUGCCUUGUUGUGGGAUUAUUUACAUCCGUUUCCAGAAUCCAAGAUUGUUUUACUGGCUUGUGUGCUGGGUUACUUUCUGUUGAUGGGAGUACUGACCCUCUACACUACGCACAAAGAAAAGGGGAUUUUCGUGUCUGUUUACCAAAAAGAUCCUGCCGGAGUUGACCCUGUGAAUUCCUGGGAAGCUAGCUCUUCUCUAAACAAAUACGAUGAUCAGUAUGAAUUAGUUUUAUCUUACAAAGAUGGAAAAACUAAAAAGGUUAGGGAAGCAAAAUCCAAGAGAUCUGUUGCUCAGUAUUUUGAUUGUAAUGGUGUAUUGUUGAUGGAAUAUGUUGAACCUGAAGUCUCAAAGCUUCACAAUGGUUUGUUGUCUGGACGCAAGAAUAAAUAAAUUCUACAAAUUCGGUGCAAUUAAACUGAAUUUCAAAUUU